GAGCCCGUGGUCCGAGAAGUCCCAAGUGCUUUGUACAGAAGCAGAAACGUCCUAACCAAUGGCGUCCAUCCGGAAGAAACUAGUGAUAGUGGGCGAUGGAGCUUGUGGAAAGACAUGCUUGCUCAUCGUCUUUAGCAAGGACCAGUUUCCUGAGGUUUAUGUGCCCACGGUGUUUGAGAACUAUGUGGCUGAUAUCGAAGUGGAUGGAAAACAGGUAGAGUUGGCACUGUGGGACACAGCUGGACAAGAAGACUAUGAUCGCCUGAGACCGCUCUCCUAUCCGGACACUGAUGUCCUCCUGCUGUGUUUCUCCAUUGGCAACCCUGAUAGCUUUGGGAAUAUCCCACAGAAAUGGACUCCGGAAAUCAAGCAUUUCUGUCCCAAUGUGCCCAUCAUCCUGGUUGGGAGCAAGAAGGAUCUUCGGAAUGACAGGUGCACAAGAUAUGAAUUAGCCAAGAGGAAGCAGGAGCCGGUAAAACUUGAACAAGGUCGAGAUUUGGCCAACAGCAUUGGCGCCUUCGGGUACGUGGAGUGUUCUGCAAAGACCAAAGAUGGAGUGAGGAUGGUCUUCGAAAUGGCCACAAGGGCUGCUCUGCAAACGAAUCGAGGGAAGAAAAAGCCUGGGUGCUUCGUCUUGUGAAGCCCAGUGCAAGCAAAGCCCUGGUGUAGUUAAUUUUCAAGUACUAUUUACUAAUCGUAUUGGGUAAUUGCUAGCCUUUUUGUUUAUUUGUAUGUCUGAGAUUGCAAAUUAGAAGUCAUCUUGCUACCAGUGUUUAGAGGGCAACCAUAAUUUACUAAUGAUGUCCAAUCUAUCUGACCUGCCAGGAUCCUGACUCUAACAGC